GACUGUUGCAAUCAUGGACAGCGCAAGUAGUCCGCAGAAACGUCCAGUCGAGGAUUAUGUCUCUAUGUUCGACAUGCUGGACUCCCAGACAGUCUGCGCUGUUGUCGACAGCCUCGACAACGACGAGGAGAUCAUCUUGCAGCUCGAAGAGAUGACGCACAGCUGCAAGCCAGAGGCGUUCACGGAGCUGAAGGAGAUCUUCCCUGACAUCAGUUACGAGACUCUGGACACUCUCUUCUCCCUCUUCGGAGACGAUGGGGACAAGAUAGCUCAGUUCCUCCUGAGAGAGGUGGAACCUGAUGAGUGGGAGGACGAAGACGAGUACGACUUCGCACCAACGACGAGGAAGAACAAGAGGGGAGUGCCGCUGGAGGUAGAGUUCGGCUCGGGGCCAAGAGUCUUCGAAGAGGCUCCAGUGCCGGAGAAUGCUUGGCUGCAAGGGUCCGAGCCUGUCAAGGAGAGCCUUGCCAGUGAUGGCUACAAGACAGAGUACAGCAGUGGGUUCCAACACAGCUCUGCCUGUCCGAAGACUCUCCCUUCCUAUAGCGCGUAUCGGUCGGAGACUCUCCCUUCCUACAGCACGUAUCAGUCGAUCGCGAGGCCGCAUCAAAGCUGUGAGCAGGAACUCACGGAGGAUGAGCGAGCAGGAGGCGGCCAAGUCAGUGAGACUGAGUGGGUCAGAGUUGGAGGUCGGGCGACCCAAAAUCGAGCAGUCAGAACACGGAGAUUACCUCCCGAAGAACUGAGAAGGCUGGAAUCAAACUUGAAGAC